AAGCAUGUGACUUCGAGUUUCGAAUGAAUUCGAAUUUUUCAAAAUUUCGAUUGUAUGCUCAUUUUACACUCGAUUUUAAAGGUUUUUUGCGUGGAUGAAAUGCUCUAGCUCUAGAUAUUUUCACAGGCAAUAAAGCAACUUUAAGAUCAUGAAGAAAGAGUACGAAAUACGAGCUAGAAGGCGAGCAUUCAGACUGUCAGCAUGAAUCAUUUCUGACGUUUGUUUACACAUUCUCUUUGUGCUGACAGUCCUGCGAUCUCGUUGAGAAACGAAAUGGUUGCGCAAAGCUCAGAGCAUGAAUCACAAGAUUUUGAUAUCGGGAAAUUUUUAAACUCCUACGAUUGUUUAAAAGCGCAAAUGGACGAUUUGAAUGAAGUUCUGCAAGCGACAAAUUUGGUGAGAAGGUGGGAUAUACCAUCUCUUUCAUUUCUUUGCUGUCUGUUCACCAUCACUCUCUGUAUCAGCUUUCCUGAAUUUCUGUUUGCAUUCUGUUUAUCUCCAAUUCCACUUGUUCUUCUUGUCACGUACAUAAAGAGCUUGGGAGAAUCUAAACAACUGAGGCACAUUGUUGUUAUGGCUGUAGAGAAAGGCGAUGAAGAACUUCUGAAACGUAAACAGGAGAUGGUUGAAAGGUCAAGGAGAGAUGUGAAACGAUUCAUUAAAGUUUUAUGUGAAAUCCAUAAUUAUAUGGACAUGGUGUAUGGCAAAGUUUCUUAUGUGCAAAGAUUGUUUUUGUGGGAGGAUCCUCAGUUGACUAAAAGAUUUCUUGGUUCCACUUUCGCAUUGAUGGUUCUUUUAAGUUUUCUACCAUUCUCUCUUAUCUUCCUUGCCUCAUUCCUGUAUAUCAUCCUGAAUAAUGAUGAAUUCAAAAAGGUUAUUGCCGAAAACACAGCCAUUCUUAAACUUGCGGGAUUGGAGGGUAUUUACUACUUGGAAGAAGAUCACAAAGAUACAGAAUGGUAUGAUGCUUCCAGUGUUGUUGAAAGCGAUGCCAGCUCAUUUGAAGAUGAUGAACUGACUAACAGCAGCGAAGACAGUGAGGAAUUUGAAGAGAUUGAUAUCAACCAAAGCAUGGGAAAGCGUUCAAAGUCAUUUGUGUCACAUCUUAACGAGUACAGAAAAAGAAGACAAGAGUUUAAAAAAGGAAACUGUGCAGCGUGUGACGUCGCUUUUUCAUCUCUACUAACAAGAAGGAGAUACUGUCGACGUUGUGGUGAUAAAUUUUGUUCAAAAUGUUGCAGACAUUACGUUAAAAAAGCGGCCCUUGGUGCUACAGCCCCUGGUUCACGUGAUAAGCGAGUGGUCGUGUGCAACGCUUGCUACGGAAAACUCCGAGUGGCGAAAGCUCCCGAUUGACGAACGUCGUGAAAGGUACUGAUAUUUACGAACUUUUCUCAACGCACGAAUGACACGCGGGUUAAAAACGGAGAUUGCAGGAGAAGGUGACGAUCCAGGUGCCUCACACCAGGCAGGAGGUCAGUUGAUCUCGCUUAGUGACGUCAAACGCGGGAAAACACUCGUAGGAAAAGCGCUUUCAUUUAAACCCCUGGAAGCAACCGAGUAUAUAAAGACGAAUGGUUAUAUCGUAAUGUUUUUGUCUUUAUAUAAUAUUUGACGAGCAAAUGCUUUAAGAUGGUAUGACAAAAGCUCCAAAAUAAAUACGGUUAA